CUCUCUUUCAUACUUUUAUUUAUUUUUAUCUUUGACCUUACCAAUCAAAAAUGUCGUCAAGAGCAAUCAGAAAACUACUGAGGGAGCGUGGUGUCGACGAAUUGGCUGAGUCAGCCGCUCGCUUGGAGGCCAAUGCCAGGCAAAACGACGACGCUAGCGGCUCAGAUACUAACGGGACAACAAAGAAGGGCGCAAAGAUAAACAUGUUUGACUUGUUGAUGGGUGGUAACAGCGGUGACGACAAUGAGGGCAGUGAGAAAUCCGACUCUGACAUCGAAUCGGCAAGUGAAAUUUCUCACAAGAACACAAAGAAAAACCAAGCCCUUGCCGCUACUGCUGCUGCCAUUGCAGUCAAGCCCGCGGACAACGAGGCUCACAGCGACAAGAAGGCUGAAGGCGGAAAUUCCAAAAAGAAGAACAAGAACAAAAGCAAGAGUAAGGGCAAAGCGAAGAACAAGCAAAGUGCGACUGGGAACGACGGCAUGUCCAUGGCAGAGCUGGAUGCACACUUGGAAGAAAUCCAAGCACAGCAUAUCUUGUUGGAAGUACAGAGUAACGAGCUUAAUUUCAGCGAAAGUGUGCAGCAGAAGGGCAAGGGCGGGGCGAUUGGUGUGGGUCUGACCGAAGAGCAGCAGCGGAACCGCGCGCUGCUGGUUGUUGAUGCCAAGCACCUGGACUCGCAGGCCGAAAUUAAGCGAAUGUUUGGCUCUGCAGCAGUGAAGGAUAGCGGCCAGCAGCGAGGACACGGACGCAGGCGAAUGAUUCAGGGCUCAAGGCUCAAGAGGCUGACGCUCGCACAGCCUAAGGCGACUUGGCCCCCGAUGCGCGCUUCUCCAGGUGUGGAAAUGCGCCAGAUGAGCUCUGACGACCACAGUGACCGCAAAAUGCACGAGAUAAUUGAGCGCGACCCGACCGGUGGCACCUGGUUUGCGCUGGAUCACUCGGCGCGCUUCCGGUCAAUUCAGGUCGAUUUCCUAAGCGCCGUCGUGACGAGCAACGCCGAUGCUAUUGCGGCAAUUGCCUACCAGCACCCGUAUCAUGUCGAUGCACUGCUGCAACUUAGCGAGAUUCUUAAGCAAACUGGCGGCGACUUUGGCGAGGCCGGGGAGCUGGUGGAGCGAGCGCUUUAUGCCUUUGAGAGCGGGUUUGCGCCCCGGUUUAGUGCAACUAACGGCUCGGGUCGGCUGGAUUUCCGGUACGUCGAGUCGCGGGCGCUGUUCUUGGCGUUGUUCCGCCAUAUGCAGUUCAUGUCGCGGCGCGGAUGCUGGCGCACGGCAUUUGAGGUUAACAAGGUGCUGCUUUCGCUGGAUCCAGUGCAGGACCCAUACGGUGCGCUGAUGACACUGGAUUUCCACGCACUCAAGAGCAAGCAGUACGAGUACGUGCGCCAGUUUGUCACUGACUGGUCAUGGUCUUCAGCAGAGCUGCCCAACUGGGCGUUCUCGCGCGCUCUGGCCGAGUUUAUGCUGGAGACCGGCAGUGCUGCCAAGACUUUGUCAUCCAAGAAGGGCGCGAGCAGUAAGGUUGCUGCCGGAUACAGCGUCGACCUGCUGGUCGACGCUAUUUUGGUGUUUCCGACGGCAGUGCCGGCGAUUCUCAACAAGAGCAACAUUGACGUCGACCCAGUCAUCUUGACCCACCCGUACUUCCAAGACGAACACAUACCGGAUUCCACCGAGUUGACGCAUAUGCAGCUGGUUGUGCAACUCUUUGUCGAGCGCCACGGCUCUCUAUACCGCACGCCCGAGGUCGGCCGCUGGCUGCAGGAGGGCCUCCUUCUGGCGCUGGAGCGAAUUGCUCGCGGAGACGCCUCUACACUGCAGCGCAAGCAGGCGGCGCAAAAGCGGCUGUGCACAUAUGUUAUUCCGGAAAACAUCUCGCGCCACGUUUUGGUUGCUGACCUCGAGUCAAUCAAGGCCGGGUUGCCCGAGGACAUCCGCACUGCCGAGAGCUACGCCUUCGACCCGCUGCCGCCCAAGGACAACACCAAUGUUUACGACGAUGUUCUGGGGAUGGGUGGCGUACAGGGUGCGGACCGCAUGCCUGGAGCCUUUGUUGAGAUUGACGGCGAGAUGGUCGAUAUGAGGGAGUUUGGCGAUGAGGGUAUGAACUUUAUCCAGCGCAUGCUCCAGCAGGCCCGCAACCGUCUGGGCGGCGUCUUGGGUGCCGAUCCCGAGGAUCCUGGCACCAGUGACGACGAAUACGACUACGAUGAUAACAACGAAUAUGUUGACGAGGAGGACAUCUCCGAGUAAAAAAAUAGAAUAGUAGCGGUUUGUAAGCUGAAAUUGGGUAAUAAAAAUAAUUGAGCAAAACCAGUUGAA